AUGACAGAUUACAUGUAUGCAGAGCAGUUGGAGAAUCCAGAGAACCCUCUACACUGCCCCAUCAAACUCUACGACUUCUACCUCUUCAAAUGGUGAGUUGAGGAACGCGGAGGAAGGGUGGGAAGGAGACAGCUGAAGGGUACACAAGGCCUCUGAAUCUAGCUUGAUCUCUUUAGAAGAACUAGUAUACUAACCUCUCUCCCUCUUUCCUCUCUCUCCCACAGAGUAAUAAAGGCUGUCAUGACACUGUCUACCUGAACCCUGAAUAUGUGGUGGCGCGCAACAGCCCCAUGUGGUACCCAGCCAAUCAACAGAGAGCAGAUGGAGCACAUGCUCGCUCGCUGCCUCAUCGUGAGCGAGAUCCAGGAAGCUGUUGCCAACAUACACUAACAGGACUGGAGGAGUAGGGGAUUGACUAACGGACAAUGUUCAGCCUCUCCCGUCUCUUUUUCACCAAUGCUCUUUUUCGUUCAAUCCGUUCUUCCACAUUUUUCUAUCUUCCGCAUUGCCUUCUGUGCUCGUUUCUUUUCAAAUGUACAUGUAUGCAAAUUGUUUGUGUUUAGCACAGAUAUGCACAUCCGAAGAUUCAUCCUGCUAAUACUGGACCUUCAUCCACUUGCCUUGGAUACACAACUCACACAAUCCUACCAUCAAAUAUUUCUGCCAAAGGAAAUAUAUACCUACCUUCCUUUAUGCUUUCUUAUUUAAGCAUUACUGUUGUCAUUAUUUUCUGUCCACCAACGGAUUAAGGAAGAUAUUUAUUUCUCCCAACAACAAAAAAUGUGUAAUAUACAUGUAUAUAGUUAUUUUUUGUUGCUGGUGUUAGCCAGUCUUGCUCACUGCUGCUUGUUUUUCUUUGUCAUGAGCCUCUGUUGCAGUUUCUCCUUUUUUUCUCCUUUCACUUUCUUAAUUGUUUUCCUGACCUCUGUGUUGCCCAGCCGUGAGCAGGUAUAUGGAGUCACCUGGACAUUCACACUCAGGAUGUACUUUCCUCUCUCUGUUUUUCCCUCCAGCUUUGCGUUACUGGACUGAACAGACCUGUGAUGACCUCAUUGAGCUGGCUGGAGGCACAAUGAACUGA